UAUAACUUAGCCUGGUGUACGUAGCUAUGAGAACUCUGAUCUUUCACUCCCAUCUUUCUCAAUCUUCUCCAUGGAAGCUCAAAACCUCAGCCCCCCACCCCACAAGCCUCCAAAACCAAACACUCCCCAAAAGGACGCAUCAUCAUAUUCAACCACAUGCCAAUUCAAAAGGGUUUGGCAACAACCCACCAGCCACCAUGAAAGAAAAACCCACAAGCAAAAACCCUAAAAAUGAUGAUGACGAUGAGGAGAUUCCGCAAGUCGUAACGGAGAGGAUGCUGGUGAGGAUAGUGGCGGCAGUCGGGCUUCCCCUGGCUACCGGCAUAGCUUUUUUGAACGUUUUUCAAUACAUCAAGGAGAGGAACUUGUGGGAUGUGCCGGUUUGGCUUCCAUUCUUGACGACGUUGUUAACUUUUGGGACUUCAGCAGUUGGGAUUGCGUAUGGGGCUUUGUCUACGAGUUGGGAUGCAGAGAAGAAGGGUUCCCUUCUUGGUUUUGAAGAAGUUCAGAAGAAUUGGGUUGAUAUGUGGAGGGAGGAAGAUGAGGGUAGUUCAUAGAUGUUGCAAUUUUUCAACUGAUGCAUAUUGAUCAUCAUAAUGAUUAAGCAUUUUCUACGGUACCAUAUACAUUGACAUAGUUGUCCCAUAACAUAGUUAAUUUUUGGUCAUUAUUCAUUAUUAUUGCUUUUGAACUUGUAUGCUGUGUAUAGUCUCCACUUAUGCAGAUCGAUUCCGUUAACAAAUUGUUUCUUGAAAGAUAGGCUUAUAAUCAUGAAUGUGCUAGUGCUACGCACUUAGAUAUCUUUUGGGGGAAGCAAACAUGUUUAACAAAGUGCCUCGAAAGAGCAGCAUCAGAUAUUCAAAUUGACAUUCUUUUGGGCAACGUACGUGACUUGAAAAAAAAAUUGAACUUUUUCAAGUUAUGUGUAUAGAAGAGAGACAAAUUGGAUGUUCGAUUCUAUCACAUUUCUCUUCACUUUAAUAUACUAAUUAAGUUACACAAAUAAGUUAUGUACUAAUCGUUGCCCUUGGGGCGGUGGGGCGUUACUGUUGUAGUUGAGGUUAUGAGAUUCACAUUCAAAAGCUAAUUCCAACUCCAUUGCAAAUGGGGUUUUCGUGAUAUUCAGGAUUUUAAUCAGGCAUUAUUGGCCAAACAAGGUUGGCGUUUACUUUCUAAUCCUUCAGCACUAUGGGUUAGGCUUCCCAAAGCUCGAUAUUUCCCUCUGGAUGACUUCUGGACUGCUAGGAAAGGAUCGUCUCCGUCAUGGUUAUGGUCAAGUUUAUUGUUUGGAAGGGAAAUUCUGGCAACAUCUUCGGCCUUGCAGAUUGGUAAUGGGGUUAAUGUACUGAUUGGAACUCGAAUUGGCUUCCUCAUCUUUCCGGAUAUGAGAUUGCACCCUUUGGUUCAUGUAAACUCUUCGCUUAUGGUUCAUUCCCUCGUUGAUUGGCAUUCUAGAACUUGGCAGCUUGACUCUAUUUCUUCUAAUAACUCCUGCAGAGAAACUUGUAAUUCAAGCUAUUCCUUUGCUUUCACAAUCUUCUGCAGCUGAUUUGGCCGUUGGAAAAAUCUGGAUGUUUUCCUCCUAAGCCAAAUUGGAUUCCUCCCUUGCCCGCUCAGAUCAAAAUCAACUCAGAUGCGUCUUGGUCUUUGGAUGGGGUUGAUAUUGGAUUAGUGGCUCGUGACUCAUCUGGUACUCUGAUUUCUGGACAGGCUGCAGUCACUUUUGCUUCUAUUCCUCCAGUUGCAGAAGCUUUGGCUUUGGUUUAUGCAGUGAAGCUGGCACUUACCUUGCCGGCAUCUCAUGUUAUCUUUGAAUCAGACUCUUCCCAACUUGUUAAGCUCCUUAAUGAUUCUACUUUAUGUGCGGAUUGGACUGUGUUGCCCAUUCUAGAUUUUAUUAGAGCUUUAACAGUUGAUCUUCCUUCGUUUAGCUGGGGUUGGACCAGCAGAGAGGCUAAUCGUGUCGCUGAUAUGGUUGCUCGCUUGGCUCGCCGGAAGGAGUGUGCACCGGAUUGGUUCCGGUUACCACCUCCCUCUUUAUCUUCUUUACUUUGCAUGACAUUUCUGGAGUUUAGUAUAGUUGCUCUGUAACUCUGUUUUUGGUUGUUUUAAUGCAUUACUCAGUUCAGAAAAAAAAAACUCCAUUGCAAAUGAAGUUACUUGUACAGUUGUACCACACUACUAACAAGCAUGCUUCAAUUCGAAAUAAUUAAGUUGACGUUGACUUGCACGUACAGCACAGGGUUCCACAAACAUAUAUGAUUCAAUCAAUCAGGUUAAAACUUUAUUAAACUAGUCUAAAAGCGUCUAUAUCGAUGAUCACUUAAGUAUACUUAAUUGACAUAAUUGAUAUUCGUAUUAUCGUAUAUCAUAGGGGUAGGUUGAUUUGUAAUUAAUCUAACUUGUAAAAUUACUAAAAUAAGAUAUGUUUAGAUCUGAAGCCUCAUCAACAUGUUACACAUGGAUUGAUGUAAUCAUCUUCCUAAUAUUAUACUUACACACAUACAAUCGAUGCUUCUAAAUUUAAUCGUUUAAAAUUAGCAUAUAUAACGAUUAACGACACAUAUAUAUGUACUAAUCACUGAUCGCCGAUCCUACUAUCUAGCUAAGCUCCAAGUGGUUUUUGUUUGUUUAGUAAAUCUGUGGUGUUAAUUAUAGCUCUAUACAACUUGAUUACAUCAGCUAAAUUAACUUAGGUUGGAUAACAAUUGACGAGUUAAUUGAUAAACAAACAGAUAAACCAAAAUGUCUGCAGACUGCAGUAGUUUCUUUCAGCAGCAGAAUCAGCACCCAGUUAAUGAAUCCAAACCAUGAGAAGGACUUACCUAGCUCACUAACAGACUUAUCUAACCGACCGACCAAAACGCAGACGAUCGACGACGUUGUACAUUCUUAUGCUGACGUGAAACUGUGAAAGGUAGAAACCCUAGAAUUAUUCAAGUCAUAUUAACCAAUUAUCUAGUUUAAAAAGCACAAAGAAAAUCCUAAUAGUUCCUUUGCCAAUCGAUCCAGUGAGGCGUUUGUAUUUGUAAAUAAGCAAAGUCUUAAUCAACGCUAUUAAGAAUUGAGCAAAUCAAGCUAGGCCUAUCUUAUUCUCGUUGUUUUGGGAUCAAGUCAUCAUGUCAAGUUGAAUUUUUAUAUACAUUCCAAUCUUUAGGGUUUAGAAAAUUAAUAUUUUGGUGAAAUGGACAUGAGUCUUCAACUUCCACCGUUCCACGUCGAUAAUAGUCAUCUGAUUAAGAUAAGAUCACUUGUUUAUUUCAGGCAAAAUAAAACUUUAGCAAAAUGAGUAAAUUGCUACAGACCUCUUAAUGCACUUCUAGAACAUAACAUAGAUAUUACCUCCCCU